GGUUCCCGGAGCCAGCGGGGACUGUGGAGACGCUACCAGAAUCCUCAACAGCUUGGAAAUCCGAUCACCUUGGCUCCCGGAGACUUGGAGGAACUGACAUCUGGCUGACAAAAAAACUCAUCCAGGGAGAGAAAAGGCAUAAGUGAAGUAUGAAAUUUUGAAUAACGUUUUCAGGUUUGAUCCUUGUCAUGUUACAGAAGAGGGACCCAAGACUGAGAGGCUAAGAGAUCUGACGGUGGUGUACAGCUCCUCUUUUCAGAUGCUUUGCAGUCAGAAUAGACCUCUGGUGGGAUCCAAGCUGUCAACCAAUCCUAUAUUCCUAAGGUCUCAAAUUGCAGGUAUUGAUUCUGACUUUUGAAGAUGGAUGAAGGUGUAGAAAUUUCAAGUGAUGGAAAUUCCCUCAUCAAAGCAGUCCAUCAGAGCCGGCUUCGCCUCACAAGACUCUUGCUAGAAGGUGGUGCCUACAUUAACGAGAGCAAUGACCGUGGAGAAACACCUUUAAUGAUCGCUUGUAAGACCAAACAUGUUGAUCACCAGAGUGUCAGUAAAGCCAAAAUGGUUAAAUACCUAUUAGAAAACAAUGCUGACCCCAACAUACAGGACAAAUCUGGGAAAACUGCUUUGAUGCACGCUUGCUUAGAAAAAGCUGGUCCUGAAGUUGUUUCCCUGCUUCUAAACAAUGGGGCUGAUCUCAGCUUGCAAGACCAUUCUAGUUAUUCAGCCCUUGUUUAUGCUAUAAAUUCAGAGGAUAGAGAAACCCUGAAAGUUCUACUUAGCGCUUGCAAGGCAAAAGGGAAAGAGGUCAUUAUCAUAACGACAGCGAAAUCCCCCUCUGGUAGGCACACUACCAAACAGUACUUAAAUAUGCCCCCUGUAGAUAUAGAUGGGGGUCAUUCCCCAGCCUCCUGUGCCACUCCUUCAGAAAUAGACAUAAAAACAGCCUCAUUGCCACUUACACAUUCUUCUGAAACGGAAAUGACCUUUUUUGGCCUUAAAGGUCUGGAGCUCUCAGGAAGUAGUGAUGAUACACAGGACCCAGGCUCCCCUGUGAGGAAGCCUGCUGUGGCCUCUAAUGGGCCCAAGCUACCCCAACCUCCAACCUGGAUCAAGAGUCCUCCCUUACUAAUGCACCAAAACAGGGUGGCCUCUUUGCAAGAGGAGCUCCAGGAUAUUACUCCAGAGGAAGAAUUAUCCUACAAAACCAAUGGGGUGGCACUUUCCAAGCGCUUCAUCACUAGGCACCAAAGUAUUGAUGUAAAAGACACGGCACAUUUAUUAAGAGCCUUUGAUCAGGCCAGCUCAAGAAAGAUGUCAUACGAUGAAAUAAAUCAUCAGGCAUUUUUUUCAGAAGGAAGCCAGCAAUGCACUGAAAUCCCUGCUGACCCAGAUCCAGACUCUAACCAGACAAUCUUUGCUUCCACCUUAAGAAGUAUAGUUCAAAAAAGAAACUCAGGGGCAAAUCACUACAGCUCUGAUUCCCAGCUCUCCGCUGGUCUUACCCCUACAACUUUAGAAGAUGGCAAAGCGCUUAUAGGAAAGAAAAAGGUCUUCUCGCCAUCUCCUUCCUUGCUGUCAGGGCCUAGAGAAUUGCUGGAGAAUAUCUCACCAGGUCCCUUGAGCAGGAGAAAUCACGCACUUUUAGAAAGGCGUGGGUCAGGAGCUUUCUCUUUAGAUCACAAUAUUACUCAAGCCAGACCAGGAUUUCUGCCACCCUUAAAUGUGAAUCCUCACCCUCCCAUUUCAGAUAUCAAUGCCAAUAAUAAGAUUUCCAGCCUCCUUUCUUGUGGUCAAAAAGUGCUUAUGCCAACAGUUCCUAUGUUCCCUAAAGAAUUCAAAAGCAAAAAAAUGUUGUUAAGGAGACAAUCAUUGCAAACAGAACAAAUUAAGCAAUUAGUAAAUUUUUAAGAGAUGCCUAGAAAGCACAUUUUGUUCAGUUGUCUACAUCAGAGAAAUAUGGAACCACAGAAGAAUUCUCAAAUGUUCAUCCUUUUAAAUCUUGUAAUUGGUUAGACCAUGAUUGUUAGGGUCAUCAAAAUAUACUGCGUAUUGUCCUAGGCACUGUGGACAUACAAAUAAUAUGUAGUUUCUACUAAGGAAAUUUAAACAAAAUUAAAGCUGUAUUUCUCAAAAUUUCUAAUAUAUAACAACCUUCAUGUGGCCCAAGUUUUUAAUUUAAACAAAAAUCAGUAAAAAAAAAGAAGGUCAAAUAUGUUGGGAGAUGAUUUCAGACUUUUCAAGUAUUUUAUUAGGAAACACUGCAUUCAAAUCAAUAAACAUUUUUAACAUUACAAGUCAAUAAAUGAUUGUAAUUUUCCAAGAUGCCAAAAGCAUUAAAAAAAAAAUGAAAGUGUUCUAUAAUCAGUAAGCCUGUAUGGUAUAAGGAAAGGUAUAAGGUAUAAAAAAAGAAUGAACUAAUUCUUAAAAAUGUUGAUUGCAAGUGUAUGAAAUCUAAUUAAAAUUUUAAAAGGCUAACCAUUAUAGUAUACUGGGCAGCUAAUAUUCAUGUUGUCAGCUUUAUCAAUGUCAAAUAACACAUCGGAGUUUUAUAAGCUAGUAAUAAUCUAUGCUAAGUGUUAGUGUGUUGUUUUUUGCUUGGUUUUAUUUUGUCUUUAAUGUUAUCCCAUAAAUUCUUUCUUCAUAUCCUUUAAUUACUGCUAUUAUUUUUUAAGUCUAUCCAUAGGUUCCCAAUAACAAGAAAAAGCAGAAGUUUAACAGCAUUCCUCUUUACUUAUAUCAAAUUAUUCUUGUCUUUCCAGACAACCAAAAAAAAAAAAAAAUCUGGGGGUUUAUCACAAAUAGAAACUAUGUGCUUGCUUCAUUUUAGAAAAGAAAAACUGAUAAUUAGAUUCUCUUAGGUUAGGUAAAAUUAGGAAGCCAAUAGAAACUUAAUUACAAAAUACACUAUUCGGUCAAGAUUAAACAAUAUCUUUUAAUUUCUAACAUGUAAUUAUUAGACAUUUAUAUAAUAAGGAUAAUUUCCUUAGUGUGACAUUCCAAUCAUCUAGUAUUUAGGACCUGUGAAUAACUUCUAACAAAAUAAAUGAGUACCAUGUUACUAUCAUAAAAUAUUACAAAAUGACUAUAUUAUCUAAAUGACUUAAAAAUGUGGUGUUUAUAUAAAGAAUCCUUAUUUCAAUCUAGCAGUUCUACAACAAAGAGUACGUCAAAUUAUACAAAACAGGAGUGAAUUAAUUUGAUGACUGACGUAGACAACUUUAUUUCUUUGCCUUCUAUUAGUAGAGGAGAUCCUAACAAUUGGCAUGAUGCUUUUCUUGGUAAUUUGAUAUAAGCAAGUGUAAUGUACAUGGUAAUUAUUUA